AUGUUUUCAAUGUUGCAUCAAUUAGAAUUAAUGGCAAAAUGUUCCGCGUUGUCUAUAGAAGGUUUAUAGUUGUUGAAAUCCAUCCCAAUAUUAAUACCGUUCUUUACACCUCGAUUUUUAGAUAUUUUUAGUACGAAAUUUAAUUAUUUCUGUUGAUUCAUGAGAUACCUUAGUAAAACGGAUGAAAAAAAAACUGUUUUUAACAGUGCAAUCCCUGUGAUGUGCGGGCGUCUAUGGUAAUAGCCUAUUACAAUAAUUUGUCUAUUGAGGAACCGAAGAAAUUGAAUUCAUUGCAAAUUUCGAUAGCCGGUAAAUGAUAGAUCCCCACAAAUUUUCAACGUAUUUUGAAAUCAUAUUCUGUCCAGUUUCCAGGAUUAUACCGUAAGUGAAAUUAAAUUUAGUUUUCACAAUUUUUCGUAUAUUCAUUUUUUCAUUAAUCGAAUUUCGUAGACAAUACAUUCUGUGUGUUUCAUUAUUUAACAUUUUAUUGAAUUCAUUAGAAAUUUUUUCGGUUUUUCAAAUUUAAUGAGAAAACUCUUGAGAAAAUCGAAAAAUAAUUCAAAUAAACUGUACUGUGAUUUUCGGAAUCAAAAACCCGAUGCCAUUGAUCUAAUACAAUACUCGUACUAACUGUAAAUCUAAUUUUUUAUUAAAAAUAAGUUCGUUCCCAAGUAACCUAACUAUGUAUUUUUUUUUAAUUUUAAAUUUUAACACACUAAUCGUAUUACUUUUAUUUUUGUUGCUUACGAAAACUCAUAUUAUAUUCGUCAUAAAAAAUAUUAUUCAUUAUUAUUAUUAUUUAUCAGUGUUUUUGACAACAGCGGUACUUAUACGAUGACUUUUUUGUUGACAUNAUUAUCCUUUAGUUUUAACUUUUUUACGUCAGACGAGUACGAUGAACGGUCAGAGUCUGUUAACGAUAGUUUCCAAAAGAACGCUGUGGCCAUUAAUAAUAAACCAACGUCGUCGUUAACAUUAUCGAAGACUCUCGCAUCACCGCAUGUAAAUUCGCGUUUACAAGAGAAGACGGUGGCCAAAGCCAAAUCGCCGGAGAUCGGUGUUUUGCGAAACACUACUACUGCGUUACCAAAGAAGGCAGUGAAAAGUAACGAAUCGCCGAAAAUUAACGUACCGUCGAAGAAGCCGACGAAGAUAACGAAGUGCGCGGCGGUGGUGAAAUCAAACUCCUCGUCCGUCAUAACGAAACUCUCAGCUCAGACGACGGCUACCGACCUUCGUGGUGAUUCUUUGGCAAACAAACGUGACGUGCUCACCCGAGGUACCGCGUACAACAGUCGGUCGUCGUCGGCACGUCGAACUGUUAACGAUAGUUUCCAAAAGAACGCUGUGGCAAUUAAUAAUAAACCAACGUCGUCGUCAACAUUAUCGAAGGUUCUCGCAUCACCGCAUGUAAAUUCGCGUUUACAAGAGAAGACGGUGGCCAAAGCCAAAUCGCCGGAGAUCGGUGUUUCGCGAAACACUACUACUGCGUUACCAAAGAAGAUAGUGAAAAGUAACGAAUCGCCGAAAAUUAACGUACCGUCGAAGAAGCCGACGAAGGUAACGAAGUGCGCGGCGGUGGUGAAAUCGAAUUCCUCGUCCGUCAGUACGAAACUCUCAGCUCAGACGACGGCUACCGACAUUCGUGGUGAUUCUUUGGCAAACAAACGUGACGUGCUCACCCGAGGUACCGCGUACAACAGUCGCUCGUCGUCGGCACGUCGAACUGUAACAGUUAAUGCGAGCAAAUUAUCGUACGCCAAUUUACCGAAAUCCAGUGCCUCAUCGCUCCCGAAUGAUGUGGUACGUACGACCAUAAUUUAAUUGUAAAAUGAUAAAGACGUCCUAGGAUAAUGGGGACGAGUGCAGCCAUUGUUAUAGAUAAUUUAAUGUAUACCUGUAAGCAACGAUAAACCGUUGCUUACGAAAAAAACGAUUCUGAGCGGAGUUCAGUUGACAAUGAUGCUUCGUCAACAAUGUAUGGCAUUUCAUAGUAAAACAAUUAAAUAGGCUUUAUGUAUUUUCUUUGAUAAUAUUUGUUUAGUAUUGUACCGAUUUUCCCAGUUUUUCCAUGUUUUAUCCCGGUUGUUGGGAAAACUCUUAGGCUAAUCGAAAAAUGACAUAUUUAAAGUACUUCCCUAGUGAACGAAUAAUUGAAAUUAUUUGUAGUCUUUUUCCCCGCGAGUUAUAUAAAAAAAAAAACGGAGAUAUUCAAGGGGUAUAUCUCCGCGGAACAGCACGUAUUGUUGACAAAGUAACGCCAUCUAUCAACUGAACUCCGAUCAGAAUCGUAUUUUCGUGAGCGAUGUCGGUUUUCCGUUGCCCACAGAUGUACAUUAAACUUCUCGCCAACAACAGUGGCGUACCAACGUGUGCGAAGCAUGUUUUUAUUGUUCUUUUAUUUCCCGUUGAAAAAUAAAUACCGUAUUCAACAUUCGGUACGAUUCCAUACGGAUUUAUUGUCCGAGAUAUCGGCGCGUUUCACUAUCCGUCCGUUUUUUUUAGUCGCCGUCCGCGGAAUUCGACGAUCAGUCGGCGUACGACCAGCGGUCGGCCCCGUGUGGUUACGUGGAGCACGACUGCGGGAUAUCGGCGGCCUCGUUCGAAUCAGACACCAACAGUCUGCAAAGAGCCGGGUCGCAUCACUGCGUAACCGAGUGGGACAGUUGUAGCGAGGUCAACGGGACGGACGGCUAUUUUGACGAGGCGUCGUCCGACGUGCCCCGGCGGUCGCGCCGCGGCGACGGUGACGCGGAAAAGCACGCCGCGGGGAAAUCCGCGGUCGGAAAACCGUCCGAAUUCCCGUGGUUGGCUUCCGACGACGCUUUCAAGUUUGCGCCGACCAAACAGUUCAAAAUCAAAAAGAUGAACCAGGUCAUAAACGUUUAUCUCACGCCGCUCGGCGGAAGUCCCAAAACGCCCGUCCGGAAAGCGUGCUCUUUGGUCGGCCCCUUAGUAUCGUCUUCGUACAUCAACCGGCAGAAAAAACUCAAGGAGAUCGAAUUGACAAACAUGUUUAUUGCGAAAAAAAUUUUGGGCGCAAAACCUACGAUUUCGUCAUUCCGGUAGGUAUGCAAUCUCGUAUAGACCAGUGGUUUUCAACUAUUUUGGGCUCGCGGCCCUUCUGAUUUUGAAAUCCAUAUUAGCGGCUCCCUUCGGAAUAAUGAUAACGAUAAAAAUAUUAAACUAAAUAAAUUCACUGUAUUACUCUACUAUAUUUACCUGUACCCUAGGAAGCGCUACGCGCACUGGUUGAAAACCGCCAAUAUAGACUAUCGUUAUCAAUCAUCAUAUUGGUUUGGCACCUCUCAACUCUAAAUUCACUUCUAUGUGGUUUUCUAUGCAAUUUUGAGCAAAGCCGGUUCAAUUCUAUUAAUCAAUCACUAACCAGCGAUUUGCUCGAAAGAUUUUCAGUGAACUCGAUAUCUGACUUUUUUUUUUUUUUAAAUAUAUAAUCAUGAAAUCGUUACGCCGUAAAUAUUUGUUCGUUUAUCCCUACGUUUCCCCUAUGCUUUUUCCCGAUUUUUCCCAAUAAUUAUGAAAACCUACUUGGAAAAUAAAAAAAUUAAAAAGUGGAUUUUCGGAUUUUCGGAUAAUUCGGUUUUAUAUCACAUCACCACUAUGCAUGGCGGGUCGGGUUAAUGCGUAUAUGUAAUUGAACUUCUAUAAUAUAAUCUAUGGACAUAAUACUUUUAAUAUAAUUCAAUCCAGUUGGAAUGUCGUCAAUAGGUAAAAAAGCUGGAGCGGCAAUUUGUCUAUAAAAUAAACUGACAUUUUCAUUCUCCUUACAUAAAUUUCCUAGGCCAAGAGAUAGUAUUUCCCUAUAGGUACUUCGCGUUAAAUGAAAAGAAAAACAACCUUUUAUAUUUACAUGUUCACCUAAUAUACAUGCGAUUGCAUUUAUAGCNUCUGGGAUACAAAUUUUGAUUAUAGCAUGCAUUAUAAGUACCUCAUGAGUGUAACAUAUGUUCAUAAGUAGAUUAACUAGUAAUAUGACUUAUUAUAUUAUAAUAUACUUUAUAUAUUUACAGUAAGUACUGAAGGAUUUCAAACCGUUGAUGACUCGAUAGGAGUGGAAGAUACAUCAGACAGAGAACGACGAAGAGGCGUGUGGCAGGCAGCGACCCUUAAUGGGCCGUAAGCUGACUAUGAAGAAUAUACCUUAU